AUGGUUGAACUUGCCUCACUACAUCCAGAAUCGGCACCACCUACUAACAGUGCUCGGAAGCUGUCACCUGUUACCCAAUUCCUACAAGCGUUUCGAAUCAUGCAUGACCUUGAGGAGCCAUCAGAAAUUCCUCUUCAUAUCGGCUCAAAAAACUCGGAUGAGGAUGAUGGUUCAGGGGAGCCGCUCGACCCGGGCGAUCUCGAAGUCUCCCCCGAUGAAAAACGGCCUAUCUCUGAGUCCGACAACUUUGUACCCGAGCGAAAUUACACGUUAGAUAUUUCGGACUACAACCUAUCACAGCCUGACCAUAUAUCAAAUGAAGCGAUUGAGCUAGUUUGGCUUAGCCCUCAAACGAGAUCUACUAGUUCUGCGGAUGACGAUGAUGAGGAUAGCAAGUGUGAUUCUGAUUCUGAUGAUGACGAUGGUUCUUAUGAUGAUGAUGAUGACGACGAUGAUGAUGAUGACGACGAUGAUGACGAUAACAAAGCACGAACGUCAAGAGAUAGUGCUCCGUCAGCACCGACAUCCAGUGGAAAAAAUGAGAACGUGAAAAAGUCUUCACCAAAGCGAGAGGGACCCCGCGAUGGAAUCUCUCAACACGUUACGCGCACGCUCAAAGAUGGUACGAUCAUUAAAGGUAAACAGGGAGCUACUUUUGCUGGAUUUAUCCCCCCUCCACAAGCACGAGAAAGGCUGGCCAGUCAACCAAUCCCGAAACCGACUCUGGGAAACAUGACCAGGGACGUGACUCCAUCCGCGCCUCCCAUUAUUGCCUCAACGACAGCUUCGAACUGUCCCGUCGAAAAGAAAACUAGCGAUGAAGAUGCUGGUAUUGGUUCUCAGCAAGAAUCUCCCUCUGCGCCCUGUGCGUUGCCGCAACACGGACCACCUCCAAGUAGAGGCCAUGGCUCUACUACCGAUAUUGACAAAGGAUCUCUAUCUGCGGCACAGGAAGAAAAGCCUAAUACAUAUGCUGAGAAAGAAUCUCUGUUUGCGCCCCGUGUUCUGCCACGAACUUCAAUCAGUUACCCUAGGAAGAGACGCCACAGCGAUGAUCCGACGCCAACGUCCUAGAAGCAAAGGCUACGAAAUCGAGACCGUCGUCCAACUCCUGGAAGAAGAGAUAAUUAGACAAAAUGCGUAUUGUCUAGGUGGAGGUUAGCUAGUACUUAUUGUCAUGGGUAGCAGACAGGAGCUUAUAUAAGCAACGGUUGAGCAGGGUUAGAGAACA